UUCAUUUUAGAAAAAACAACAAAAGUUGCGUUUUUAAAAUCUGUGUUCAUUAAUAAUGAAAAUGAGAGAAAUCUGGAGCAGUGGAGGUCUUCAGCCUGUGCUAACUGCAAGAGUGAUGGAGGGUUGCAUGAUGUGUCCUUUAUGUCUCCUUUUCUUUUUACAUGUCAACAGUGCAUGUGGGUGUACGAAAAGCAGGACAGCGCACGUGUGGGUGGAGGUGCAUGCAUGCCCUCACUGGCCAUGUGUGGUAAUGUGUGUACUUUUGGUCACACAGUGUCUUUUUUUGUGUGUGCUGUACAGUGAUAUUGUCCCAACGGUGUCACGUGCGUUAGAAUAUGCUGGCUGCUUUUGUUGUCCCCCUGGCUGUUCUGCUUUUCUGGCACUUUCAUACAAUGGUGCACUUGAACACGGUGAUGCUAUUAAGCCUUUCAAACUAUUACAGCUUGAGUUCCAGCUCUCAGGAAAGACUAGCAUUCUAGAUGUAGAUUACAUGGCACGGAAUAAAUCGCUAAGGAACAACAGCAAGGACUGAGUACCACAUCCAAACAUAGGUGACAACUAAUGCUGCACAGACGUGAGUUAAAGGACUGCAUUAUUGAGGGUUUUGUAGUUAUAAAAGCAGUUAGGUGUUGCUAAAUCUUGUGGUAAACUAGCAGAAAGGCAUUAUAUAGCCAAACGUACAUGUAGUCUGACCAUGUGUACUAACUUUUGGACAUUUUUUUGGGGCACACUUCAAAGGUAGUGGUACAAAAUUGUCGAGAAAGUACAUUUGUAGUCGAAGGAAAAAGGAUACGGGAUCAGUUAACAUAGCAGCACCACUGGACACUUCUUUGUGGCUCCUAUAUUUUACUCUGCUUGCUUUUAAAAGGAACAGUUUGAUAGUGUCAACAAAGUGAUACUAUCACUUGCCUGCAGUACAAAUACCCUCAUCAACUGGUCAAAUGUACUUUUUUUUAAAAACAAUCUUCUUUCUAGGAAAUGUCUCAGCAAGCAGACGCCUCUCAGUGCAGCGAGGUUGUGGUUGAGUUGGAGUCUGAUGCCAGAGAGUCAAGAGUUAAAAAAGCAAGGAGCAUACCAGGUUCAGCUCUUGUCUACCUCAAAGGUCCCAAGUUUCUCAUCUAUGUCAGUGGAGCCUUGUCAAUGUGGGUAAGAAACCUUUCCUUUCAUAACCUGUUCAAAGAACAAAAGAUUAGAGAGCAAAAAUGAAAGGUGGUUGGGUUAUGUAAGCAUUCUGAUCCAGUCUUGUAAUUACAGACGUCAUGAUAUGUUUUUUUCUGUCUUGUUUUCCGUAGGGUGACCGCAUGUGGCACUUCGCAAUCUCUGUUUUCCUCAUUGAGCUGUAUGGCCAUAACCUACUCCUGACUGCUGUGUUUGGACUGGUGGUGGCAGGGUCAGUGCUCCUGUUUGGGGCCUUGAUUGGAGAUUGGGUUGACCGUAACCCUAGAAAUAAAGUUGCCCAUGCAUCUCUUUUCAUCCAGAACACCUCAGUGACUGUUUGUAGCAUUGUGCUUAUGUUGGUGUUCUCAUACAAGCAAAGGAUUGAACAAAUCUGGGAUGGAUGGCUUACUGUAAGUAGACACUUCAUUGAUGUCCUGUCAAUUAUUAGUAAAUACUGUCAAAACACAGUAAAAUAGUGAUCUAUUCAGACUAUGCUAACCACAAUCCUUACUGGGAGGAGUCACUCUGUUGUUCUCUUGUCUUUCUUGUGUCACUGCUGUUUGUCCUUUGAGCUGGUGGCUGCUUUAUGCUGUCAUAGUAACAUGUUGCAUCGCAAAACUCACACAAGGUGGUUUGUUAUACGGUGGUGAUCAUCCUGGCAGAUGUGGCAAACCUUGCAAGUACAGCGCUGACCAUUGCCAUACAGAGGGACUGGAUUGUAGUUAUCACAGGCUACAACAGAGGUCACCUUGCUGGUGAGGGCGUUUACCAUUUUAUAUUCUUUGAAUAUUUUGAUCUUGCGUUUCAACAUGACGCAGGAUGAAUGCUUUAAGAAAAUGUUUUCUUUACGUUGUGCUGUGGUUGAAAAUUUCACGGGAGAACACGGUUUAACCGAUGUGUGUUUCAUCCAAACAAAAGGAAUGAAUGCAACCAUGAGGAGGAUAGAUCAGGUGACGAACAUCCUGGCCCCACUGGCAGUGGGACAGGUAAUGACCCUGGCCUCAAACGUGGUGGGCUGUGGCUUCAUCCUGGGGUGGAACCUUUUAUCUCUGAUUGUAGAGUUCUUCUUCUUGUCGCGGGUGUACCGCAUUGUUCCUGCUUUGUCUGUCAAACCACCCACAGAUGAGGAUGAUCAGGUGUGCUUCAAGAAGAAGAUAAGGAGAGGAAAUCGAGGACAAGGCCUUGUUGGACAACCUCAGGCUCUGACAGAGGGCAACUGCAACUUAAGCGUGCAUUCAAAAGACAUCACAAAAGUGCCUCUGUGUUUCCGAAGGUUUCGUUGGUUGGUGAGCACAUGUAAAGAUGGCUGGAUGGCCUAUUAUCACCAGCCUGUUUUCCUGGCAGGAAUGGGCCUGGCUUUCCUCUACACCACAGUCUUGGGUUUCGACUGUAUCACCACCGGCUAUGCCUACACACAGGGCAUCAGCGGCUCUCUUCUGAGUCUGCUGAUGGGCGUGUCAGCUGUCGCAGGGUUAAUGGGCACCAUAAUGUUCACCAGACUCAGGAAGACCUAUGGCCUCAUUAACACAGGCAUCAUUUCCAGUUGCCUCCAUCUGGGUUGCCUGCUCUUUUGUGUGUGUUCUGUGUUUGCUCCUGGAAGCCCUGUGGAUCUCAGUUUACUGAUGCCCUACUUUACCUACAACUCAUCUGCUGAACCUGGAGGGAUGGCAAGUCAAAGCCAAAAACACACUUACCCUUUGACAGGGGGCAACAAUCAACCACUGCUCCCCGAUCGCUCCUCCAUCCACUGGACCAACAAUACAGUACUUUUUGAUAAUGUGCCACCCGGAACAGCACCAGAAUCGUACAUCUCUAUUAUUCUACUGUUCCUCGGAGUCAUCACAGCACGCAUUGGUCUGUGGUCCUUUGACCUCACCGUGACCCAGCUUCUUCAGGAGACCAUCUGUGAGUCAGAAAGAGGCGUGGUGAAUGGAGUUCAGAGCUCCAUGAAUUACCUGAUGGACUUGCUUCACUUCAUCAUGGUGAUCUCCGCUCCCCAACCUGAACACUUUGGCAUCUUAGUGAUCAUUUCUGUAUUAUUCAUCACCACCGGGCACACGAUGUACUUCAUGUAUGCAUAUAAAGCAAAGAGAAAACACCGCCUGGAUACUUAAACGGGUAGAACAGCUUGCAUAUCCUUGCGUUUUACGCUUACCAGCACUGAAUCCACUUCAAAAUGAAUGCCUCGCUCCUUUUCCGUCUGCAAUCUCCUUGCAACAGUCUGUUUGGGACUGGGCUGGGCUCAGUCACUGUCUGGUGUGCCACAGCAGCAGAGCUCAGGUGCAGUGUUGUCUUCGACUCAUUUGCAUCCGCUGAGAGGUUUGUGUACCUGUCUAUCCUAAAACAACAGACAACCAGACACAAGUCUAAGACUUCAGCAUGUACCUGUGUGAAGUCUGCAGAGGUGUUGCAGCUGUUAGACGCUUUCUUAAGUCUGGCAGCUAGAAGAAGGAAGCGGGGUGUUGGGGAGGGUGGGUGCAUGGCGAGAUUUGUCUGUCACUCACUCAGUAAGGAGCCAGUGUUCCGAAAAGGACUUUAAUGUGAAUGAUGUACAGAAAAACAAGCCGGAAAGUUCCUCUGACAAGUGGCAUUGUUGCUACUGAUCCGUCCAUUGGAAAUAUUCCAGGUUGUCCAAAAAGGAGCACAAAGGGAAAAUGAUGUGGGGACUGUUUUAUGAAACAAUAAAUAUUAAAGGCAGCCUACCCCUAGAAUGGACAAAGUGAAAUGACUUCCCCUGGUUUGUUUCUCUGUGGAUGAAUCAAGCAAACAGUUGCCUUCCUGUUAUGCACGUCAGCCUUGUUUUUGUGCUGCAGCAGUACAAAUCAGCACAUCAUAAAGCGCCAAACUCCAUUAGCACUUACUUAAUCUAGAUUUUUCAUGUAUUUGGAUGAAUUAUCUUCUUCAAAACAUCCUUUCCCUUAUAAAGAGUGGCAUUGUUAGUUUCAUAGAAAUCCAAGAGGAGCUCCGUUUUCUGACAAGGUUGAAACCAACAGUAGUUUUAUAGCAAACGUUGAUCACUAUUGUUGGAGUUAUUUGUUUUAGCCUUUGCUUCAUUCUUCUGUAGUUCGGAUGAACUAAACACUAAGUUACCUCAGCUAAGAAUACAAACAUCUCGGGACUCGAUCUCAACUACUUCAUAUUUUUAUACUUUGUCAAUGUACAGAGAAGAUCCAGGCUGAAGAUUUUGCCAAAGCAAACACAUCAGAUCUCCAUAUAUUUGUAUGUGAAACUGUGAAGCUUCUGUAUUUUUUGUUAUCCUUAUUUUUAUGACUGAUAUUUAUGAUAAUAAAGAU